AUGACUGGACUUGACGCAAUAAGUGCCGGCUCGGAGCUCUCCAUACUCUCUCCGUUCGUCACACCGAACAAUGCGUCCAAUCAGGCAUCGCUCCCGUAUAGCAACGAUAUCUCGUCCAUGUCUAGCAUGUCGUCAUACCCACUAUUUCUUCAUACCCCUGAGAUUUCUCCAUCCAUUACACUGGGGCUGUGUGACUCACCCUUCAACGAGCAAUCUGAGCCAUACAUCCAAUACUACUUCGAGCACAUGUGCAAAACUGCAAAGAAAUCAUUGGGCCCCGGCGCUGACGAGCACACGCGGCAUACAGUCACCAGUAUCUGGCGCAAGACAGCUGUGCUGUACCUGCACACUGUCAUCAGUGAUGCCCACCUAGGUGAGCACCGCCCCGUCCGUGCUCGCUUGAACCACGCCACUGGUGUUUGUCGCGUCUUCUUCACAGGCAUCCCCGAGAUCGUCAAGGCGACGAACCUGGACACCUGGACUACGGAACCAAACGGCGUGGCCACAAACUAUUCGCAGAGGGCACCGCGCGCGGACGCCUCUGACUCCCUACGUUUGUGA